AGAUCCCAAAAGCUCGGAGUUUGUACUCUUUUCAAAAACGAGAAAGCGACCUCCCCUCCCGAACACUCCUCAUCGACAACCUCACCAACCGCAAUCAUGAGUGCUCCUCAGCUCAACAAGAUCGCGGCCAACAGCCCGUCGCGCCAGAACCCGUCCGAGCUGGAGACCAGCAUUGCUGGCGCUCUGUACGAUCUCGAGACCAACACUGCCGACCUCAAGGUCGCCCUGCGGCCUCUGCAGUUCGUCACUGCCCGGGAGAUCGAAGUUGGCCACGGCAAGAAGGCAAUUGUCAUCUUUGUCCCCGUCCCUUCACUCCAGGGCUUCCACCGAGUCCAGCAGCGUCUCACCCGUGAGCUCGAGAAGAAGUUCUCGGACCGCCACGUCCUGAUCCUGGCCUCGCGGCGCAUCCUCCCGAAGCCCAAGCGCUCGGCCCGGUCGCGCAACACGCAGAAGCAGCAGCGCCCGCGCUCGCGGACCCUCACCGCCGUCCACGACGCCAUCCUCACCGACCUCGUCUACCCCGUCGAGAUCGUCGGCAAGCGCCUCCGCACCAAGGAGGACGGCUCCAAGACCCUCAAGGUCAUCCUGGACGAGAAAGAGCGCGGCGGCGUCGACUACAGACUCGACACCUACACCGAGGUCUACCGACGGCUGACCGGCCGCGGCGUUGUGUUCGAGUUCCCCCAGGCUGGUGCCUCCGACUACUAGAGUUUGGGACCUGUGGGCUGGUGGUGCAUGGGGGACCUUGUGGCUUUGAGGACUGGGUUCGGGGUCUUUUUUUCGCAAUGCAUUCAAGGUUUUGCCAAAAAAACAAAAGGGAACGGCGUCUAGAUAGCUUGUUCAUGAUAAUGCAAGCUUGAUUCUGGCAUCAGAGCACAAUCCAUCAUUUUACCAGCCUCCGUAUGUGCGCGUGAUCUGCCCUCAAUGGCAUCUCCCAAAUGAUACGCAGUAAUUCCAAGUAUUUUUUAGAAGGGGUAUCGUAUUUAUCGUACCUACCAACAACGUAGUACAUAGUUCCAACC